UAUUCUCUGGUCUGUUUACAUAAUUGUAACCUUUUAAAAAUAUGGGAAGUCAUGCAAUUGGCAAUUUCAUUGUAAUCCAAUUAAGAAUGUAUGCUUAGAGAAACAGCAAGGUUCAGGGAAAGUUUAAAAAGCAAAGAGAUAUUAAAUAUACAGAAGUUGAAAAGAGUAAUUUACAAAGUAGAACUAUUAUCAAAAACUCAACCCCAAAAUUAUGAAUGAUUAUACUAUGUAACAAAAUUUGAAACAUUUUUUGUUCCUGGUUUGAAAGUGUUGUUUCUGUUUAAUUGUGCGGUACUUACUUUGUAAAUAGUUGUUAUACUCCAGAAACUAUGCUGAAUUGGUUGAGACUCAAUGAGAUAUCCACUGAAAACCUGUAGGAAAAUGUGCUGUAGGAUGUCCCACAAAAACAAAGUUUUGUAGUUUAAUAAUUUUUCCCAUGUUUUUAUGAUAGACACAAUUAGGAAGUGACAUUUAUAACUCAGGAACAAACAUUGUGUUACAUAGAGUUAUCUGUGGCUCCUUAGAGAUAUAUAGCUAACAAGCACCAGACCUUUACUUAUCUGCUAGUAAUCUUUUCCACUGCACCUUAGGACCUUGGGAAAUGGCUUCAUAAUUAUUAUAAUCAUCUCACGGUACACUGGAAAAAUCCCAGGACACAUUAUGAGUUUUCUCAUGAAGAGACACAAAGGUUUCCCACCUUUAUCUGAUAUGAUCUAAAAUUUUAUCCUGGAAAUGUUGCCUCAUCUAAAGCACUAUCUGGACUCCCUCUGUGAAUCCUGCAUUGUAUGUAAUUGUGCCUUAAACAUCUUUUGUCCACCGUCGGACACCUCCUUUGUCUAGCUCAGUGGUUCUCAACCUCUGGGUCUCCAGGUGUUUUGGCCUACAACUCUCAGAAAUCCCAGCCAGUUUACCAGCUGUUAGGAUUUCUGAGACUUGAAGGCCAAAACAUCUGGAGAUCCACAAGUUGUGAAUCACUGGUUGCUGGCGCUGAACCAUCAGGACCCAUCAACCACCCAUCAAACCACAUUCCUCCCAGAUGCACUUGGUAAGGACUCACAACAGACUCAAGACUUCAAAUCCAUGAAUGACAGCUCAUUAAAUUUCCCACCUUGCCUCUGAUUGGGUCAGAGUCUGGAAAGCUUGACAAUCGGGCUCUGAACCCUCUCUCACACACACAAACAUCCCUUCUCUUCUACAGGUGUUUUCAUCCGCUCCUCAUAGGACAUGGUUUCCAGUUGUUGUUGGACUGCAAUUCCCAGCAGUCUUAGUCAGCUCUGAAAUCUCACAAUAAGGGAGUAGGAUAAAAAGAUAAAUGAAUAAAAUGUACCGACAUUAUACCUGGAUACUCCAAGCUAUCUUCAUUUCAGCCAGCUAACUCACCUGGUGGUGGAAAGGAUUCACGUUAUUUACUGCCAGUAAUAAAUCAUGGCCAAUCCACUGCAAAUCUCCCAGCUGUCUUUCCAGAUCUACCUUCUUACGCAUCUUUGUAUUUGAGCCUUAAAGGUCACUUUCAAUGGUGCCUGGAAACAAUCGGCCUGCUCUGAUAACAAAAAAGAUUAAAAACCAGAAAGGCUAGGAUGCUGUCUCAUUUUACAGGACAGAUGGUGCUGUUUGGAUGUCGUAAUUUAGUAACCUAUUUAAACGAGGGACCAGAGAGGAAAGGAUGAAGGCAAUCGGCCAAGGAAAGCUUCACCUGUAGACCUGAAAUGAGACGUGUUCCUAUGCAUUGAGUGGAACCAUUCUUUGUCGAUCUCCAGAAGCUGAAGCUAGAAAGGAGGACUUUUCACCUCUGAAACUAUGUAAGAUCCCAUUUGUGAUCUCAAAAAAACUGAUGUCAAUCAUGGCUGAGUUAUUGUCAUCUGAAGAAAUUCAACUGAAGAUCCAUCAGCUUAAAGAUGAAUCUUUAGAAUGCUCUGAGAGGAUUUGUCUCUUGGCUUCUGAAUGCCAAGAUGCAGGGAUCAAAAUCAUCUCUAUGCUGGAUGAACAAGGGGAACAGCUGAAUCGUAUAGAAGGAAGCAUGGACCAUAUAGAGAAAGAUGUGAAAGAAGCAGAGAAGAGCUUGAUGGAGCUCAGCAAAUGCUGUGGCCUCAACGUCUGUCCUUCCAAGAACAGGAAGAAAGCAGGAAGGAAACCCUGCAAGACAAUUUUGGAUGAUGAAGAGGACUUAAACCACAAUGUAGUAUUUGAACAACCAAGGUAUGUAACGCAUCUGAAGAAGAAAGAAUUAUUGGAAGCAAGAAGCAGAGGUUGCAAAGCACAGAAAGCAAAUGAUGCCAGAGAUUGUAAGACAGAAGAGAAUCUUACUCAAGUGGGAAACAUAUUGGGGAAUCUGAAAAAUAUGGCAUUGGAGAUGGGCAAUGUGCUUCAUAAGCAAAACAAACAGGUCAACUGGAUAAACAAAAAAGCGGACAUCAAUACAUCUCUUAUUGAACAGGCCAACGCAAAGGCCAAAAAUUGCAUUGACUACUAAAUAGCCUGCUGCUGGAUGCAUGUUUGUGUAUUUAAUCCAGAGGAAACAUCCAACUCAGCCUGAUACAUACUGCUUCUAUUUCCAAAGAAAAGAGGCAAAAAGUAACAAAAUCAGAGUUAUAUCCUAUUCUGCUGGUACUUGGGCUUGGUUGAAGGAUGCAAGAAACGCAACUGUAUAAAAUCCACAUUGAAUUGGUUUAUAUAACAGUGUGAACUCAGACAAUCCAGUUCAAGGCAGAUAUUGUGUAUUCUUUGCCUUGAUAUUCUGGAUUAUAUGGCUAUGUGGAAGGGCCCAAAGUCAAAGAAUGGAACUCAGCUUCCCAAGACCAUCUCAUUUAUCCCCAAGACUUCAUUUUCUGGCUUUGAAUUUUUUCAUUGUAAUUUCCUUCUCCAUGAUAUUUGAAGCAAAUUGAAAGGUUCCUCUUUGGCAACACUUGGAACUACAGAGUAGCUGAUCUGAAAUGCUGAUCAUUCAUACUAGGAUUUCAUAUUAUUCCAUUUUUCCCCCCACCACUCAAGAAGCCUAUCAUGUUCUAGAGACAAGUUUAUGGACAAACUCAUAGCUCUAAUGAGGUAUGGAACUGUUCUAUAUUCCCUUAUUUAUUGAGUUUUCUGUGUUAAGAUAAACAGAUGGGAAAUGUGAUGGGAAAUCACAAGAGUUAACAGGUGAAAUACGAUUAUAGACCCUUGUAAAAUUCCAUGAAUUGUAUAAUAAAAUCCUUGUUUUCUUCCAGAAGCAAUCUGUCAGCAGUAGAACAAAGGCAGGAAAAGCAAUACAUUCACUGGCUUUUAUUGUCUCACUUCAUAUUUGUGUAUCACCAGAUGGUGAAUGAGUCAUUUCUAUAAAUGUACUCUAUAUACUCAUGUAUAAGUCUAGAAAUUUUAAUCAAAAAUCAACCUGAAAAGCCUGAGUUGCCUUAUCCACAGAUCAAUGUGAAUACUGUACCUUAAGUCUUCUUAUAAAAGGAACCAUCCUUUUCUCAGAGUAAAGUGGCAAGAGGCAAGAACUUACAAGUACAGUAGAGUCUCACUUAUCCAACAUUUGUUUAUCCAGCGUUCUGGAUUAUCCAACUCAGUCUGCCUUUUAGUAGUCAAUGUUUUUAUAGUCAAUCUUUUCAAGACAUUAUGUUUUGGUGCUAAAUUCAUAAAUACAGUAAUUGCUACAUAACAUUGCUGUGUAUUGAACUGCUUUUUCUGUCAAAUUUGUUGUAAAACAUGUUUUGGUGCUUAAUUUGUACAAUCAUAAUGUAAUUUGAUGUUUAAUAGGCUUUUCCUUAAUUCCUCCUUAUUAUCCAACAUAUUCACUUAUCCAAUGUUCUGCCAGCCUGUUUAUGUUGGAUAAGUGAGGCUCUACUGUAUUUAUAAACGAAGUACCAGCCUUUCUACUUUCUCUGCCAUGGUGUCAUUUCUGGCAUCUUAAUACCCAAGACAUUGUUUCCCCUCUGUAGAAUGACCCUCAACUUAUCCAUAGGCCAUAUCAAAAUCCAUUAAUUUUGUCUCUAAAUCCUGGCUUUGAUUUAUAGCUGAGUAACAAUUCGUGUGCACCAUCUAUUUGUACUGGGUUGUAUCUUCUGUCUACGUGGGCAUUUGCUACUGGUUAAUUCUGCUGUGGAUUGAUGGAUUGGUGUGUUUACUUAACAGAGCUUAAUAAAACAUCAGUAGAACUUUUGGAAAUAUUCAAUGAAUAGCAAAGAGGGGGAGAAACAUAGCAGCAACUAGAUGCAGCAGUUGGCCAGCCCCUCCAUUCACAAAAGACCCAGCUGCAAGAUUUCAUGUUAGCUCUUUAUUUGGUACAGAUGUGCACAGGUAGGGAGCAAGGUCUAAAGCCCAUUAGCAAGGAACGAAGUGGCAGCCACUGCCUGUGAGCCACUGGCUGCCUGAAGAAAAGGCAAAGUGGAGGGGGGCAUUUGUCAGGGUAGCCUGCAUAAAUAGGGAAAGUAAGACUAGCAUGGGGAGGCACAGUUAGUUAUUCUGCAAUUGGCAUACAUGAGUGGAAAUGGCAGGGAGGUGGAAAGAGUAAAACCUGACUGCUUGGCAAUGGCUGCUUUAAUUUCUUUGCAGUGAAGCAAGGAAGUAUUCCUUCCACCAGAGCAAGGAAGAGGUGCUACCUCAGCUAUAGAAUUGUAUGCAGCACCCUUCCUUUGGUGUGGGAGAGGGCUGAAACAUUUCUAAUAGAUCAAGUGGGCGCAAGGGAUCCCCAACCACACCAUGCUUUCCUAUCCAACUGCAUUUCUGCAACACUGUUUAUGACAGAAAAUGACUACUUAAUAGCUUAGGGGAAAUUAGAACAAUUUGACUACAAAUCCCAAAAUUCUUGCACUGAGGAAUUCUGUGAGUGACAAGAUGUUUAUAUCACAGAACAAAUGCAGUUUGGUGCCACUUUUAACAGCCAUGGCUCAAUGCUAUGGAAUUAUGGGAUGUCUCAUUUGAUGAGGCACCGGCACUCUUUGGCAGAGAAAGCUGAAGACUUUGUAAAACUACAACUUCUAUUAUUUCAUAGCAUGGAGCGGUAGUUAAAGUGAUGUCAAACUGUAUUCAUUCUGGUGGAGAUGCACUUCUGGUUGAGCAAAAUUUUAAUUCAAAACUUUUAGAGAGUGUGGGCUUUAUUUUCAUUAGGGGUGCAUCUACACUGUAGAAUUAAUGCAGUUUGGAGCCACUUUAAUUAUCAUGGCUCAGUAGGAUGGGGAGACACCAGCAUUCUUUGCAAUCCUUCACCUAGCACUGAGUCAUGGCAGUUAAGAGUGGUGUAAAAUUGCAUUCAUUCUACAGUGCAGAUGAACUCAUUAUCCAAAAGAAAA